GUUAUUUAUACUCCCCUUUGUUGUCCCUCACAAUAUUGUGGAGUAUGGUGAUCACGAACGUCAUAAAAUAACAUUUAUAUCACGAGAAUGCACGUCAACUUUCCCAAUAGGAUUAAUUAGGAUUAUCCAACACUUUAAUUCGCUGUUAGACUUCGGCUACUGUUAUCUUAAGAAAUGUCCAUUCACGUGUGUAUCGACAGGCAGUCUGCUGUGUGUGAAGGGAAAAGUCGCGUGCAGACGUCUGCUACCGAUGUCACAAAUGUAGCGUGUACUCAAAAUAACAACAUCGAGUGUGUAAAAUGUGUGGAAGGCGAUUCGAAUAAUAGGAAGAAAUUCAACAUGCAAAAAGCGGUUUCUAAAAGAGAGCAAACUUUUGACAUGUAUGAUGCCUUGACUGACAAACUUGCUAACAAGAAAACAACAAUGAACAGAUCAAAUACUAGGACGUCUACAAGUAGUGAAAGUGUCACCAUGGAGAAAACGAUAGACAGUGCAGUGCAACCUAAAACCAAAGUAACAGAAGUGAAAAAGGGAAAGAAAAGGACCAUUGUUUUAACAAAGACCAAUAAAAACAAAGUGAACUUGAAAAGGGACGACGUUUUAACAAAGACCAAUAAAAACAAAGUGAUCUUGAAAAAGGACGACGUUUUAACAAAGACCAAUAAAAACAAAGUGAACUUGAAAAAGGACGACAUUAAGAAAGUCUCAGUUAAUUAUGCGUCUGGCAUAAGUAAGAAACCGGCAGCGAAUUCAAACUUGAUAACAAUUAUUUUGGACGAAAACAACAACUUGAAAAAUGAAUUGGGUAACAAAGAUGGCGAUAAUUCACAGAAAACUGAUAAAAAGUCUGCGAACAACGUUAAGGUGAAAAAGACGAUUAUAAAACGGAAAAAAAUCGAGAUAAAACUUAAUUUGAAACAGACAUCAAAAACAAGUGACAACAGUACCGAUAACCCUGCUAAACAAAGUGAUUCUACCUGUGACAAAGGCACAGAUAAACCGGCUUCUACCUCUACCUGUGACAAAGGCACAGAGAAACAGAUUACAACGUGUAGUGCAUUGGACAAAAAUAAGAAAUGCUUAUCCGUACGAAACAUUCAUGGUAAGAGAAAACGGAGUCGUUCCAUUAGCUCAUAUCGAGGCUCACAUUCGAAUAGUUCACAUUCAUCUAGCAGUUUUAAAUCGUCUUUCUCGGAAUCAUCGUCUUCAUCGAUAAGAAAUCGUUCUAAAAACUCUUAUUCCAGAGAUAGAGAACGAUCAUAUUCAAGGAACAGCUAUGGAUCUAGUCAAUCAUAUUCUACUGAACGGCAUCGCAGAUCAUAUUCUAAAGAACGAUAUCGCAGAUCAUAUGCAAGGGACCGUUAUUGUGAAUCAUAUUCCAGGGAACGAUAUCGAAGUUGUCGAUCAUAUUCCAGGGAAUCAUAUCGAAAACGUCGAUCAUAUUCCAGGGAACGAUAUCGAAAUCGUCGAUCACAUUCAAUGGAACGAUAUAUACACCGACGUUCAGGAUCAAAAGAAAACUUCAGACGUCGCCGAUCGUCUUCAAUAGAUACUGUUAGCAGUAGUUCUAGUGAUAGCCAGUGCUUGCAUUCAAGAUCUCGAAGUCGACGCCGACGUUCAAAUUUAAGAUCUCGUAGUCGACGCCGACGUUCUAAUUCAAGAUCUCGAAGUCGACGCCGACGUUCUAAUUCAAGGUAUCGAAGUCGACGCCGACGUUCUAAUUCAAGAUCUCGAAGUCGACGCCGACGUUCUAAUUCAAGAUCUCGAAGUCGACGCCGACGUUCUAAUUCAAGAUCUCAGAGUCGACGCCGACGUUCUAAUUCAAGAUCUCGUAGCCGACGCCGACGGUCUGGUUCAAGAUUCCGAUAUGCACGAUCAUCGAAAAGAAGAUUUUCAUCUUCGGAUAGUAUUUCAUCUCGUUCGUUUACUUCAUAUUCGUCUACCUCUGACUAUGACUAUGACUAUUUACCACUUCGAGAUUAUCCAUAUACCGAUCCUUACUACACUAUGCAUCGAUAUUCUGUGUAUUCCGAUGAUUGUUCAACAUAUUCCCGAAGUUAUUCUCGAUCCAGAAGCAGAUCCAUGUCUAGAUCUAGUUUUACAGAAUCUUCUUCAAGUUGUAAUUCGUCACCGUCUCGCUCAUCAAAACCGGAUAGUUACGCACACAAUAGCGCAUCAUGUGCGGCAAAAACGAAACCGAAAACGAAGAACCGAGCUGUUGUCUGUAAACAAACCAAAAAGAUGUUGAAUAAAAAUCCAACCUCGGGACCCAGUGUAUCCACUGCGACGUCAAAACCUAAGGUGAUUGCAUCGCUACAACCUUCUGGGGCUACAACCACCAAUCUUCCAUUGGUUAUAUCAAUAAGCGACAGCGAUGAAACAACCGACGUCCCGAAUGGAAUAAACAAUACACCCGGAAGUAGUUCUUGUGCAUCGAGAUUGAAUGCCGAUCAGACGCACACCAAUGAUCGUUCCGUGCCAAGAACGUCGAAGAAAUAUGAGUGUGGUGUCAACAAAAUAGUCGACAUACAACCGACUAAAACCGCCAUAGACGUCAUCAAAUCAGUCAACAUACAACCGACUAAAAGUGCCGUAGACAUAAAAGAGUGUAGUAGUCAACCAAGUACCGAUCGCAGGAUUGUGACCUUGACCUCUGUUCAUUCUGACAAAAACGUGAGCAAACAAAAAUGUGUUGAUACAACUAAAAUCCCGCUCAAUGCUAGCAAGACUAAAAAAACGAGUAAAAAUCAAAAUACACAUGGAAAUGUGAAAUUUAAAUUGACCAAUAAAGUACCUACGAUAUGUAACAUAGGCCGCACACAGGAUAACACUAUCAGACCUCAGACUAUCGGACCUCAGAAGAAACAAGCCAAGUAUACCGCCGAACAAUUCAGAUUGUUGAUGGAAAUUGGAAUUUGUUUACAAAAUAUUUUUAAAGAUGUUUCGGAAAAAAUCGUUGGAAAACAUUCUCAAUAGACAAAUUUACAUUAUCACGAUUACGGUGCAUACACAUUAGUCAUAUUGAGAGAAAAAAACCAUGUUUAAGUGUGAUAG